AUGGCAUCGUCUGUUUACUACAAGUUCAAGUCGCAAAAGAAUGAAUCUAGGGUGUCCUUCGACGGCACAGGGAUAUCUGUUUUUGACUUGAAGAGAGAGAUUAUCCUUCAGAACAAUCUGGGUAAGGCCAAUGACUUUGACCUGUUUGUUUAUGAUGCGUCGUCUGGUGAUGAGUACAAGGAUGAUUCACAAAUCAUCCAGCGUUCGUCGUCUGUGGUUGUGAAGCGACUACCGUCUUCACGCCCUGGAAAGGGUAAAGCUGCCCUGUAUUUGGCGGGUGCUCCGAGUAGUGCACCUGCAAUCGACGCCGCAUCGAAGUCUAGCACCAUUCUCAGUGGUAAUUCUAGUUGGCAUAAAGGCUCAAUAAGCAAACGAUUCGAUGGAAAGGAAGAGGAAAAGCCUGUUACACCUAAAGCGCCCCAAGUGAGAAUCAAGGCCAAUAACAUCACUAAGGAUGAUGAAGCUGCUGCGAUGGCUGCUAUGUUCCAAGCUCAAACUCAGAACUGGGAGGAGACUCAGGAGAAGAUGUCACACGCGACUCGUGUCUACAAUAAUUCCCGGGGUACUGGUUUUAACCGAGGCGGUAAGCCCCAUCACGCACCGUCCCAUCAGCCAGAUCGUCCCCUGCCUCCGAGCUAUGUCUGCUAUCGUUGUGGAAAGAAAGGUCAUUGGAUUCAGGACUGCCCGACGAAUAAUGACCGUGAUUUUGACCACAAGCCCCGUAUCAAGCGCACAACUGGAAUACCUCGUAGUUUCCUGAAGGCGGUGGAGGGUCCAACGGCUGGCGGGCAAGGUGUUAUGGUCACGCCUGAAGGUGGCUACGUUAUUGCACAACCAGACGUGGCCUCCUGGCAAAAGCAGGUGAUGCACCGAAGAGGGCUGACUGAAGCGGACAUUCGAGAGCGGACGCCCAGCGACCCAUCCCUAACAUGUCCGGUAGACAACAAAUUAUUCCGGGAUGCCGUCAAGACACCAUGCUGUGGUAAACUGUACUGUGAAGAAUGCAUCCAGACCCAUUUAUUAGAACGAGAUUUCGUGUGUCCGAAUUGUGGCAAGAAGAUUCCUUCCCUUGACAAGCUGGUUAUGGAUAAGCCGACGAGGACGAAAGUGGCGGAUUACAUCGACAAAGCCAUCGAGGAGAGUAAAAAGGAUUCCGCUGAGGAAGCGUCCCACAAUGUUGCUGGGCCGAGUAGUGUGGCGGACCAAGCAAUCGCGAAUGCAGAGACGGCGGCGUUAGAGCAAGAUGUGUAUUCGCAGCAGCAACCUGGUGGCGGCAUGGACAUGACCCAAUACAUCGAUUCCUUACAGGCACAAAUCAAGCAACUGUCUGUUGUCCUGAACAACUCCGCCCUUCCGAACGAUGUUCGCCAGCAGACCCAGAUGAAGUACCAAGAGCUGCACAUGCAGCUCUCCGAAGCUCAGACCUUCGCUGCCGCUCUGUCCGCCGCCACUACCUUACAGCAACAACUCCAGAACAACGGCGGCAACUUACCUAUGCCGGGCUUCCCGCAGAACGAUUACACCGGCGGCUGGCCGACUCCCUUCCAGCCCCAGCAGCUACCUCCUCAGGAUGGCGCUUAUCAGCGUUUGCCUGUCAACAACCGUCGGCGAAAUCUGAAGCGAGAUCGGCCCUCUGAUUUCUUGGAAGUCGCGGGAAAUGAGGGGCAAGAAGCGAAGGUCGCUCGGUACUGGGAGUAGGCGCGUCCUGCGGCUGAUGUGACUUCGGUGUGGC